CAUCUGGAGUGUUUUCUUUUCUUUUCUUUUUCCCUUCUUAAUCUUAUGCAAUCAUGUCAUUUGUUUGUUGAAUGCCAUGAGUAAGAAAAUUCCCUUCUAUCACAGGAUUACAAAAUUCGAGGAGCUCGUGGCAUUAGGAAGUAGGUUGCUUGUUGGGUUUCACCAAGAGCUAGACAGCCCUUUACCACAUUCUAAACUGGAGGAAGGUGGGAACUUGUACAUUUGAGGUUAAUCUUUCUCAAGGGCUGGCAGUUGAACUUUUGAAUGAUCACCGAAUACAUCUAUUGCUUGCAAUACCUUUAUUAUCUUUGAUAGUUCCAAGGUUGACUCACCAUAUUGGACCCUAUAAGGCAAACAAGCUAGAGUUAUGUAUCAUCAAGAGGAGAAAUUUGUGAGACUUGAGAACACGUUGAAUUAUGGUCUUGAACGAGUGUGGGCUGUUGGAUAUAUGAAAGGUUCGGGCCAGGUUGUAAUUGGAUAUGAUGAAGGAACCAUUAUGAUACAAAUUGGUCGAGAAGAACCAGUUGCUAGUAUGGACAAUAGUGGCAAGAUCAUAUGGGCUAAGCAUAAUGAAAUUCAAACUGUGAACAUCAAGACUGUGGGGGCAGAUUUUGAGGUUACAGAUGGAGAACGAUUGCCUUUCGCUGUGAAGGAGUUGGGAAGCUGUGAUCUUUACCCUCAGGUAAUAGGUAUAGACUUGACUUUAUUUUCAGAGAUGCACAAUCAGAAGAUGAUUUGAAGCAGUGGAUGAAAGAAGAUUCUCAAGGAUAAACAGUAUUGAAAGACAGGUGAAUAACAGUACUCUUCUUGAGGCUGCCAUAGAAUUGUGGAAGACAGUACAUGAUAUCUAUUCUAAAUAAAAUAACAUUGUAAUUGUCUACCAA